AUGGGCCCUCCACCUCUGCACCUCGACUACACCGCCAACACCUACCUCGUCCUGUCGUCCUCGUCCUCGUCCUCGCCCCCGCCGCCUCUCCCCGCCUCGGACGCUGCCACCCUCUCGUCCCGCCUCAGCUACGCCGGCCCGCUCGGCCCCGGCAACCUCGACAUGGAGCACGUCUUUGUCCUUGGCGGCGUCCCGAGCGGCAGCAGUGGUGCGGCCCCGUCGGACGACCAGCGGCAACUCGUCGAGCACGCGGCCGAGGUCUUGCGGCGGACGGGCGAGGGCAAGGUCGAGGUCAUGGCGCCGCACAUGCGCUCCAAGCGCUGAUCUCGAGCUGGACGAGCCGGCGACAGAGGCGUGCGGCGCGGGAGACGGCCGGAACGCGUGGUCGCCGGUCGACGCCUGGGGCUGCUCGUGCAGCUCAUCCGCCAGCGCAACAGCAUCGGAACCAGCCCCGCUAGCCGUGCGUUCUGGAGCGCGUCCGGCUCGAGCGGCGACAACGAGCGCCAUGACCUCGACCUCGCAAGGCGGGAUGCGCAUCCUCAAGCGCCCACAUCGACGCCUGCAGGUCGUUGGCGAGGGCGAGGUGGAAAAGGAGGGGCCACAUGUAGCCAAGCGCGCUGCAUCUUCGUCGAUCUCUCCUUC